AUGGAAAGCCCAUCUUUGCUAGAGGUUCUUCAAGUGCAAGAAAUUGAUGAAUUGAUUUUACCAUCUAUAAAAUAUAUUUUUGCUUAUUUCACACAUAGAUAUCCUAGACAUUUAUUACGUGUCUACAACUCCCUGGACGAUUUUUAUAAUGUUUUGAAAGUCGUUAUUGAAUAUCGAAGCCUAAAAAAAUGGAAUUGUACAUCGGUUGAAAGGAGGUUUCAAUUGAAGCGAGUCAAAUAUGUGAAAAACGCAGAAAGUCUAGCUAGUCUGUUUCCGGAAGAAGUUAAUUCAGCUGUUAAGCUGAGUCAAAUGGGUAUUUUAACGAAAAUUUUUUUGAGCUAUUGUGCGCCAUACUUAAUUUCUAAAUUUAAUACGUUGUCGGAUAGUACAAGGUUUCUAGAGUUGAAUAUCAAUUACAAUACGGAACAUAACAGCACAGAGAGUGAAGGUCAUGGACGUCCAAGUGUUUUUCGGACCUUUUGCUCAAAGAUCCUAUCAAAACUGAAGAGACUCUCGACCAUAUUGAAGUUUACGUUUCAAUUAGCAUCCAAGUUUUACAAAAAUCUUCGAUGGAUUUAUUACCUGCUAUUUGCUUUGGGUAUAAUUCCAUUCUCCAAUCCUGUCGAUCAUUUAUUAAAGCAACGUCUUGUUUACGAUACCAGGAUUUCCAACAUUACUUCCGAAAAAGCACCUAAUUUGUAUGCGCUUCCUUCACUUCUAGACAACUCGAUGAAUAUUUUCCUAUCACUAGUCCAGGUUUUAGACUGGUGGCAGACAAAUGAUUAUGCCACUCAAAUUAAGAAAGGAAGAGUCGCAUUUACUGAGCUUGAACCACCAGAACUUUCUGUCAAGAAUACAUCUCUCACAAAGAACAUUUGUAGAAUUUGUGGCCACACUAUUAAAAACCCGGCCGUUUUAACUACCGGCUUUGUAUUUUGCUAUCCAUGCAUCCAGAGCUGGCUUAAGGAUAAUCCCUUCAUAUGCCCGGUCACAAAAUUGAAUUUAAUCAGAAAAGAAAAUUCAUUUUGGAGGAUAAUGGUGUAA